ACACAGCUGACGCUUGGACUGAAGGCUUCAGUUGUUGAACAAGCGAAACAAUCGUCACAGCGACUGGAAGAGGCUGAGCGUAUGCGGCAGAAUGCUGUUCAGGAGGCGGCGUUCUACCGCGCAAAGCUUGCGGCCCUUGAAUCGUCUUCAGAUCGAGAUGUUUCGCGUCUUGAGCGGGAGCGUAUCGCCGACCUGGAGCGCCAAGUCGCGAGCGUUUCCUUUGCGCAAGCAGAUCGUGAUCGUCGCAUCAAGGAACUCGAGGAUUCGCUUGUCCUGCAGACGACCCUACUGGAGCAGGCUGAGGCCAGGUCCGAAGAUAGCUCGAAGAGCGCUGGUAUGCUCGCCGAAUCGCAUGCGAAGGCUCUCCAGGAUCAGCAAGUUCUCCGUGACCGCUGUGAUAUCAUGGAGUCCACCACUCGCGAGCAAGCUGAUCAGCUUCUUGCGCACAAGUCUCAGUUCGAGCAACGCGAGGCGGACUAUAUUCAUGCGCAGACGCAGCUGGAAGAGCUCACACGUACUCGUGAGCAGCACGUUCGUGCACUAGAACAGGCGCAGCAUGCCGUCAAUGCCUCGUCUGCCCGUGCCAACGAGCUUGAGAAGCAGUACGAGCGCUCCCGCGACCAGAUUUCUCAGCUGGAAACUGACCUCAUCGAACUCCGCGGCGAGCUCGAAGCCCGCACAACUGAGGUCGAGACGGUUCGGAUACGCCUUGCCGAUGCAGAAAACUCAUGGGCGAAGUCAAGAGAGGAGGCCGACGCUUUCCGUGCCUUAACUACCGGUAGUCUUGGAAAGCUGUUGGAUUCCCACCGCGAUCUUCAGACCGACGAGGACCGUCUCACUCGCGGCCACGCAGAGAAGCUCACAGCACUCGAGGGCGAAGUAUCAUCGUUACGCGGUAUGCUCAGUGACGCCACGCGCCGCACGGAGGAUGCUCAGUCUGAGCUCAAGUCUGAACGCUACAAGCUGCACGACCUCGAAAUCGACAACUUGGCUCUUCGUUCUCAAAUUGUUGGCCUUCGUACCCAGCUUUCCAGCGCCCUUGCCGAUAGCGGUCGUCUUCGCAAAGACUUGGCUGUUAAAGACGCCGGACUACGCGAGAAAACGAAAGAUUUGUCGAACACCACCGUCAAGCUCGACAUGCUCCACAAAGUCCUUGCCGAGAACGGAAUGGUUGAAGGAGAAGACAGUGUGCGCAAUGGCGCUACUCCUUCAUCGCCUCGCAUCAACCAACUCGAAGAGCAGCUCGCUACUCGUAGCCGCAUGCAUGAGAGGGCGGAGCGCGAACUUCAGCUUGCUCUACAAGAGAAACGCGAUGCCGAAGCUCGAGUUGAGAGCUUGUCGGCUGAACUCGACCGCAUGCAAUCUCCCUCCAGGCGCAACACUGUCGAGGGUGACCGCGAUAGCCGUAUCCAAGAACUUGAGCGCAAACUCGAGGAAGUCGAGCAGAGUUACAAGGCACGCCUGCAGCAGCUCGAGGACGACUAUCAGCUGGCAGUCCAUUAUGUAAAGUAAGUGGUCUGGGUAUGUG